AUGUCUACCAAGCCCCACGUCGGCAUUAUCGGCGCCGGCUUCUCAGGCCUACGCUGCGCCGACAUCCUUGUCCAAAGCGGCGCGCGAGUAACUAUCCUAGAAGCACGGGACCGGAUUGGUGGGCGAGUGCAUCAGGAGGUGGUUGGAAGUCAUUUGGUGGAUCUUGGUCCAAAUUGGAUUCAUGGCACGGGUGAAAACCCUAUCAUAUCCAUUGCGGACGCGACGCAGACUGUCGCGCAUGACCCAGAGGGGCGGAAUAUCUCGAUCUCGCGCGAUGGACAUCUCCUCGGUGAAGAUGUUGUAACUAAGGCUGAGGAGUUCAUGUGGACGACUAUCGGGCAGGCAUUUGAAUAUAGCAAACAGCAUGGGGAUACAAUUCCUCCAGAGCGGAGUCUAUAUGACUUUUUCCAGGAGAAGCUGGAGCAGUCUGACUUCUCUGAGGAGGAGAAACACCUCUGUCUGGACUCUUGUAAGCUCUGGGGUGCUUAUGUGGGUGAUCCUAUUGAGAGGCAGAGUUUGAAAUUCUUCUGCCUGGAAGAGUGCAUCGAUGGAGAUAACUUCUUUGUCGCAUCAACUUAUAAACGCAUUUUGGAGUACGUCUCCAGAAAUGUACUAUCACAGGCGGAUAUCCGAUUUAAGCAGGCAAUCGUGAGCAUCGAUGCUCCACCACGCAAUGAUGCGCAGUCUCGGCAUCAGAUAACUGUAGCCACAGUUACAGGUGAGCGCUACAGCUUCGACAAGGUUGUUGUCACCUGCCCGCUGGGUUGGUUGAAACAAAACGCAGAGGCAUUCUCUCCGGUCCUUCCUAUCCGAUUGCUCGAAGCCAUCCACAGCAUCUCCUAUGGCCGGCUAGAAAAGGUCUAUGUGACGUUUCCACGGGCUUUUUGGCAUACUCCCAGCAUAAACACCAACGGCCAGCAUGCCGGUUCAACAAGUGGCUCAAAUCCAGUGAAAAAUCCCGUUUUCGCUCAAUUCCUCAACCCUUCCUACGCAGAGCACCCGGAAAAUAUCGAAUGGAACCAAGAAUGCAUCUCUCUCGCCGCAAUGCCAACACCAUAUAACCACCCAACCCUCCUAUUCUACACCUACGGACCCUGUUCAACACACAUCGUCGAGCAAAUCGCCUCAUUAGACCCCCAUUCAUCAGAAUACAGGAAAGUCUUAGUCGGUUUCUUCGAACCUUUCUAUUCAAGGCUGCCGGGAUACGACAUUACCUCACCGGAUUGUAUCCCCACCGCGGUCAUGGCAACUCGUUGGCAAAAGGAUUCUUACGCGGGUAAUGGGUCUUAUUGCAAUUUCCAGGUUGGUCUUACACGGGCUGAUGAGGAUAUUGAGGUGCUUCGUUCUGGUGCGGGUGUUGGAUCUGAGAGGGGGCUGUGGUUUGCGGGUGAGCAUACAGCGCCGUUUGAGGCGUUGGGUACGACGACUGGGGCUUAUUUGAGUGGGGAGAGGGCUGCGGUGCAGGUUUGUGAGAGUCUUGGGUUGAGGAUUAGUUUAUAUGGUGUGGGUGAUUGA